AUGGAAAACAGACAAUGUAAAUUACUUUUCAGCGACUGCUGCAAGGGAGAAAAUUAUGCAACUGCUAAUAGUAAUCUUUUAAAUGAGAAAGAAUAUGAACAUGAAUAUUACAACGAAGAAAAUUAUAUAAGUGAAAAUAAUGAAAUACCAAUAAUAAAUGUUCAAGGGGAUCAACCUGUAUUUAAUAUUCCUGUUUAUCAAGAUAAGUAUCUUCGUGAUAAAAUAAUCGAGCUACCGAAAUAUGAAGUUCAAGAUGUAGUACAGCCAAAAUUUUAUUGUCAAGAAACAAAACAUGAUGUACCUACUGUUGAACUAUUAUACAAAGAAAGAACAGUAAAUAUUCCCCAGCAAAAAGUAAUUGAAACACCUGUAGAAGUAGAUGUACCAAUUGGAUAUACUCCAAUUUUUUCUCCUACAUGGGAUAUCAGAGAAGUACCAAGACCAGUACCAAAAUAUGAAGGAGAACAACAAAUAAUAGAAGUAGAAGUACCUCAAAUUAAAUAUAUAGAUAAAUAUGUUGAAAAAGAGAUAGUAGUUGAUAUAAAAGAAAAGAUUAUACCUAAAAUUACAGAAGUAGAAAAACAAGUUGAUGUAGUAAAAUAUCAAUGGAAAGAACAAUAUCAAGAUGUACCUGUAUGCAAAUAUGUACCAAAAAUAGACGUCGAAUUAGACUGUCCACCACCUUUAAUUGUUCCCUAUCCUGAAGUUCAUUUUGAAAAUUCAGCCCAAAUUGUCAAUCCCAAUCAAAGAGUAGCAGAUAUUUCUCCAGAGUUACUUUUAAAGAAUACCAAUAUUUAUAAUAUGUCCAAUAUGCAUGUAGAUGAAUCAGUAAAAAAAUCUUUAUUAGAAAUAGCAAGAUUAACUCCUCCAAAAAAGAUGCAAACAGAUAAAAAAAAAAAGUGGUCUUUCUGUUCUUUUAAGCAAUGUAAUGAAAAACAAAAACUUGAAGGUGAAGACAUUGAUCCACAAACAGGAUAUCCUAAAUCAAUGCCUAAAGAUUUUGCAGCAUUUUUCAAAAAAGAUUUAGAUUCAGUUAAAAAACAAAUGGGCCAUCCAAUAGAUGCAAAAUCUACUAUUUCUAGUGAUCAUUUAGAAAAAAGUCCUGUUAAUCCUACUAUUGAAUAUUUAGGAAAAAUUGAUAAACCACCAAUUGAUGGAGGAAAAUUAGAUUCUAUAUCAUUUAAAUUACAUGCUAUUGAAGUGCAUCAAUUCAUUCCAGUACCAAAUCUUCCUAAACCUCAAUUUCUUAAUCUUGUACCUCCAGAAAAACUUGAACAAAAUGAUGUUUCAUGCCUUCAAAAUGUAUUUGGUUCAGUUCCUGAGGGGUGGGUAGAUCCUAACAUUACCGGAUUUAUUGCUCCAAUGAUGAAUGAUGUGCUACAUGGGAAUAUACAACCACAGAGCCCUUUGUUUAAUAAAAUAAGUAUUGGAACUAAUAAAAAAACUAAAUCUUAUAUAUCUAUACCAGAUGAUUAUAAAAAAAAUGAAGAUUCUAUACAAGAUAAUUACAGUUCUAAAAAUAGUAUGAAUUAUAAUCCCAAUUCUUCAUUGAAUAAUAUUAAUGAAAAUGAAGAAUUAUGUGAUGUCAUUAAUUAA